AUCAGGAGUUUUUUAAGGAUCCAUAUCGUUAUGACUGUUCUGAUGGUCAUUUCUGCGAAUAAAAAUCGAAAUAUGCUGCCAUGUGAACAUAUCCCUAAAUUAUUUUGUUGCACUGAAUUCAUACUGGAAAUUUGCAUCGGAAAAUGUAUAGAUAUAGCGGCUAAGAAAUGUCACAAAAAAUUGUCACUGCAUAAAUUCUAUUCCAGAUUUUCAAAAAAAAGUAACGACGUAACUAACGCUGAAAUAAAACCACUGAUUUUAAUUUUUAUAGCGCCAUUCGAAAAAUAUUCCAUUGGAGCCUCAAUCGCUCGUCCACCUAAUAAAGUAAUCUCAGGCCAUCUUUCCUCUGACUGCGGCUCUGCAUCCAAUUCAGAAUCCAGUCCUCCAUAUUCUCCGUGCCCACCAAAAAACAUUGUUGACGACUUUUUCCUUCACUGUUGCAAACAACAACAACUUGUCGAAGCCAACUGCCAUGGUUUAUGUUCUUAUGAGCAUCGAGAACAACAAAUUAGCGAACUCCUGACGCACGCUCUUCGAAAGCGAUUAUGCUCAUGCCUUGGAAUGUGUAAUAUUGAACAUUUGGUUGAUAGUGAUGAUAAAAUCAUGAAUAUUAAGAAAAAUUAUUUGGUGUGUUUCAGCAACUGGAAUAUUUUAAUACAUUGUGCACAUGCUGGAAUACGAUAUAUGACUGAUUUGGUUUGA